UCCAGCGUCCUGUCUCCUUGGCUGAGGAUCGAUCCCUGACGGAGUCUGCAGUCUCCCAGAGAGAACAGCGGAGUGUAGACAUGUCUGCUGCCAGCAGUCUGUGGACUGAAGAUCAGUUUCUGUGCUCCAUCUGUCUGGAUGUGUUCACUGAUCCAGUCAGCACACCAUGUGGACACAACUUCUGUAAAGCCUGCAUCUCUGAACACUGGGAUAGAAAUGUCCCGAGUCAGUGUCCCAACUGCAAAGAGGUGUUCAACAUAAAGCCUGAACUGCAGGUCAACACUUUCAUCUCUGAGAUGGCUGCUCAGUUCAGACAGUCAGCUCAACAGAAAGCCAGCAGCAGCUCAGAGCAACACGUUGUCAAACCAGGAGAAGUUCCCUGUGACGCCUGCACUGGAACCAGACUGAAGGCCCUGAAGUCCUGCCUGGUGUGUCUGGAGUCCUACUGUGAGACUCACCUGGAGCCUCACCUGACAAGGCCAGGCCUGAAGAAACAUCAGCUGAUCGACCCUCUGGAGAACCUGGAAAGCAGGAUGUGUGUGAAGUACGAUAAACUGCUGGAGCUCUGGAGGACUCUUUAA